AUGAUUGGGCAUAUGACCCUUCCUAAAGAUUCUUCUUGGACAAUUAGGAAAUUAUUCAAAUUGAGAGUCUUGGCUCAACCUUUAAUCAAAUAUGUGAUUCGGGAUAGAGGUGAGACCUUUUUAUGGUUGGAUAAAUGGCAUCCAAUCGGUCAUUCAUAUAAAAUCUAUGGUGAAAGAGUGGUUAGGGAUUUAGGAAGCUCCCUUCUUGCUAAGGUUUCUUCCAUCAUCAGGAAUGGUCACUGGAGAUGGCCUAGGCUUAAAAAUAGGUCUAUUCAUCAUAUUAUUGAGAACACCCAUGCUGAUUUCUUUCCUAGUCCUGAGCAUGGUGAUUCUGUGUUGUGGUGUCCUACUGCUAAUAGAAAAUUCCUUGUUAGGAAUGCUAGGAUUUUUAGCAAUAAAGCUUCUAAUGCUUGUGUUGUUUUUCAUUCUAUGGUAACAAAUGUGAGGGAUAGAAGUUGUUCAUGGACUCGGAUGGCAUGUAGUUUUAAUGUUAUAUUGAGUGAAGUGCCUUCUGAAGCGAUUGGACUUUCGAUUAAGAUAUUAGUGAAGGCAAUGCAAUCCCCUGUUGGUGACAUUACGUCAAUGAUAGCUGCAAUUGUUGAUGCUAUUGGGUGUGGAAGUUCAAAGAGAAAACCAGUUGAUGCCAAUCCUGUUUCAGAGACGCCAAAAUUGUUCACGUCUGCAUUCAAAGUUCCUAAAUUAAAGAAUUCAUCUUGUCAUGCCAAUCCUGUUUCAGAGACUCCAAAAUUGUUCACGUCUGCAUUCAAAGUUCCUAAAUUAAAGAAUUCAUCUUGUCAUGCCAAUCCUGUUUCAGAGACUCCAAAAUUGUUCACGUCUGCAUUCAAAGUUCCUAAAUUAAAGAAUUCAUCUUGUCAUGCCAAUCCUGUUUCAGAGACUCCAAAAUUGUUCACGUCUGCAUUCAAAGUUCCUAAAUUAAAGAAUUCAUCUUGUCAUGCCAAUCCUGUUUCAGAGACUCCAAAAUUGUUCACGUCUGCAUUCAAAGUUCCUAAAUUAAAGAAUUCAUCUUGUCAUGCCAAUCCUGUUUCAGAGACUCCAAAAUUGUUCACGUCUGCAUUCAAAGUUCCUAAAUUAAAGAAUUCAUCUUGUCAUGCCAAUCCUGUUUCAGAGACUCCAAAAUUGUUCACGUCUGCAUUCAAAGUUCCUAAAUUAAAGAAUUCAUCUUGUCAUGCCAAUCCUGUUUCAGAGACUCCAAAAUUGUUCACGUCUGCAUUCAAAGUUCCUAAAUUAAAGAAUUCAUCUUGUCAUGCCAAUCCUGUUUCAGAGACUCCAAAAUUGUUCACGUCUGCAUUCAAAGUUCCUAAAUUAAAGAAUUCAUCUUGUCAUGCCAAUCCUGUUUCAGAGACUCCAAAAUUGUUCACGUCUGCAUUCAAAGUUCCUAAAUUAAAGAAUUCAUCUUGUCAUGCCAAUCCUGUUUCAGAGACUCCAAAAUUGUUCACGUCUGCAUUCAAAGUUCCUAAAUUAAAGAAUUCAUCUUGUCAUGCCAAUCCUGUUUCAGAGACUCCAAAAUUGUUCACGUCUGCAUUCAAAGUUCCUAAAUUAAAGAAUUCAUCUUGUCAUGCCAAUCCUGUUUCAGAGACUCCAAAAUUGUUCACGUCUGCAUUCAAAGUUCCUAAAUUAAAGAAUUCAUCUUGUCAUGUAAUUUGACCUCUGUGACAACUUUUUCCUGCCUUCUAUUUAAAUAGGAAGCUAUAGAUAUAUGUAUAUGUUUGUUAGGUUUGACUUGGUUCUGAUACAGAUGAGUUUGAAAUGGAUCACUUGGCUUUGUUUUGGUGGGCAUAAUUGUUCAGUGUAUCCUUCUUCAUUUUAGUGUAAUUUGUGUAAUUGAUUAGGCUUUUUUGUAAUAAAAUGUAAUUUGUGUAAUUGAUUCAGCUUUGAAUCUGUGAACUUCUUCACUGCUGAUCCACUUGGCUAUUGAAAAACUUGUCUCUUGGAUCUCUGAA